AUGGCGUCUCGUUCUCUGUCGUCGACACUCUGCCGGUCCCUGCGACGAGGAGCCUACAAGCUACCAUGCGAAAUCAGACAGUACAGCCAGUUCAUCAGCCGGUCAGAGACUACGUUCAUACGGCCUACCAGCAGACAGACCCGUCCACAUAGAUACAAUGCCUUCUCCUCCUCGGCGGCGCGCCCGGCCAAGACCAUCGAACAGCUCAAAGCCCGCUCGUCGACCGGCCCGUUCUCAUGGAAGUCGGCGCUGCUCUUCGUGCUCACCGGAGCCGGCAUGAUAGUCUACUUCCAGUAUGAAAAGGCACGGUUGGAGCGAGAGAGGAUCGUGGAGAUGAGCAAAGGCGUUGGGAAACCCCGUGUGGGAGGGCCGUUUGUGCUAAAGGACCUCAACGGAGAGCAGUUCACGGACGAGAACCUCAAGGGGAAAUACAGCUUCGUCUACUUUGGCUUCACGCACUGCCCGGACAUCUGCCCUGACGAGCUGGACAAGAUGGCCGAGAUCAUCGACGAGGUACGGGCCAAGUCGAACGGACAGGAGGUGAUGCGGCCGGUGUUCAUAACCUGCGACCCGGCUCGGGACACGCCAGAGGUGCUGAAGGCGUACCUGAAGGAGUUCCACAAGGACAUCAUCGGGUUGACGGGCACAUACGAACAGGUCAAGGACGUCUGUCGCCAGUACCGGGUCUACUUUAGCACGCCGCAGAAGAUCAAGCCCGGAGAGGACUACCUGGUCGACCACAGCAUAUACUUCUACUUGAUGGACCCGGAAGGCGACUUUGUAGAGUGUAUCGGACGACAGGACACGCCCCAGACGGCCGCCAAGGUGAUAUUGGACCAUAUCGGAGACUGGAAGAAGGCCGGCAAGCCGCUUGACCUGACCAGCAAAUGA